GGAAUUUAAAUAUGUAAGAGUUUUUAUCUGGAACGUGACUUUUGCUAUUACCUCUGUUUUUAGGUCUAUUUUCCCCCAAAGCUCAGACCCAAUUCCUCUUCUUCCCUCCAAAUUUUUCUUGGGAAGUUGAAGUUUGUAAUCAAGGAAUCAAUCCGCGUGAUCUUCUCUCCCUUAUUGGCACUGCGUGGGCUCGGAAGCAAUCUGUUUCUGGGUGGAAUAUGAGUAUUAUCUGCUGGGAGAAAUCUGGAUACGGUGAAUAGUUUGGAGAAUAUUGCGCGAUACUCAUGGAUAAAGUCAAUAGCCAAGCCAAAGACAAUACCCAAGACAUGGAUUCAGGUGAAAUAGUUGUCUCCUCCAUUCGGGCUGGGAUGAAGAGAGAGUUUGCCAUGAUGAUGAAGGCGCAAUCAGAAAUGGGUGGGCUUCCAGCAGGCAGAAGGAGAAUGACUAGGUCGCAGAGUACUGUUGGUUCCAGCAAGGGUUACGUGCGAAGUGCUGACAAGGUUAGUAGGAAGGUAAAAGGGUCUGAAUCCAAGAAAAUAAAAAAGGAUGAAGGUGAAAAAUUGGGAGGGGAGUGUGUGAGAAGGUUGGAGUUUGAUGUUUUGGACUGCGACAAAGGGGAGAAGAGGGAUGCACCCCUGGUCGUGUCUAAUUUAGAAGAUGAUUCGGGAGGUUUGGAAGCUGAUUUAGUUGCUCUAGAGAGGAGGGAAGCAGAGAAAGUGGGGGCUGAACUUAGGGAAGACAUGCCUUUGGUCAUCGAGUCACCUUCUCAGGUUAGAGGUACUGACGGAGAUUCUAUUCAUGAAGAUGAAAGACCAGUUGGAGAAACAACUGAUUUGGUAUAUGAGAGAACUGAAGCGUCUACAAGCGGGUUGUUAGAGAAGCCGCUUAGGAGGUUUACUCGCUCAGCAUUGAAGCUGCAGGAUGAGAUGGGGUUAGGAUCAACGGCAGGGGUGGUAGAUAGUGGCGGUGCAGUAACUUUGACUACUAGCCCGUCAAAGUUAGAGAUGAAGAUGUCCAAGAAGGUUGAGUUAAACAGGAUCCCAACAAAGUUAAAGGAUCUUCUAGAGACAGGGUUGCUUGAGGGUUUACAUGUUCGUUACAUUCAUGGCUCCAAGGGGAGGAGGCGGCCAGAAUCUGAACUUUGUGGAGUUAUUCAGGGAGCUGGAAUACUAUGUUCUUGUGAUGAAUGCAAGGAAAGAAAGAUUGUCACGCCUAAUCAAUUUGAGAUGCACGCGCGUAGUGGAAAUAAGCGUCCACCUGAGUACAUAUUUUUGGAUAAUGGAAAGAGUCUCAGGGAUGUGCUGAAUGCGUGCAAGGCCAAUCUUUCAGAGUCUCUGGAAUCUGUGAUCCUGAAUGCCAUUGGUCGUUCAAAUUACACGACUGCUUUCUGCAUCAAUUGCAAAGAUUUGAUUCCUCAAGCUGGCGCUGGAAGAUCAAUGCUCCUCUGCGAUUCAUGUGUGCUGCCAAAGGAGUCUGAUGCCAGCGAUGCCCAGAUCAGUGACACCAGCCGCAGGUCUCCAUUGGCUGGUCCAUCUAAUCCCGCUUCCUCUAGUUGUCCGCCUGUGGUUCCAGAAAGUGCUCAAAUUUUUAAAGAUAGUCAACCACAAACGAAACGUCAAGGGAAGCUUACACGGAAGGAUUUGAGAAUGCAUAAAUCAGUCUUAGCAGAAGACGUGCUUCCUGAGGGUACUGCUUUGUCGUAUGUUAUGCACGGAGAGAAACGGCUUGAGGGUUACAAGAAAGAUGGGGCCAUCUUUUGCAUGUGUUGUAGAGAAGUGGUGAGUCCCUCGCAGUUUGAGGCUCAUGCUGGUUUUGCUUCCCGUCGAAAGCCGUACAUGAGUAUAUACACUUCCAAUGGAGUGUCUCUGCAUCAGCUAUCCCUCGAACUAUCCAAAAACCGUAAAUCAUCUACAGAGGAAAAUGAUGAUCUGUGCUCAAUAUGUGAGGAUGGAGGAGAUUUGCUAUGCUGUGAAAACUGUCCACGAGCUUUUCACACUGAAUGUGUCGGUCUCUCAGUUAUUCCCCAAGGGAUAUGGUACUGCAAAUAUUGCCAAAACAUGUUCGAAAGGGAAAAGUUUGCUGAGCGAGAUGCAAAUGCAAUUGCUGCUGGAAGAGUCCCUGGUGUUGAUCCUCUAGAAGCAAUAACGCAACGGUGCAUUCGCAUAGUUGGGACAUUCGAACCUGACAUCGGUGGAUGUGCCAUUUGCAGGGGCCAUGAUUUCAGCAAGUCAGGAUUUACUGCCCGCACAGUUAUUAUAUGUGAUCAGUGUGAGAAAGAAUACCAUGUCGGUUGUCUAAAGGAGCAAAACAUUGAUGAUCUGAAGGCGUUGCCAGAAGAGGAAUGGUUCUGUUGCACACCGUGCAGCAAUAUUAACUCAGCUCUUCAGAAGUUGAUUGGGGAUGGCGAGCAGAGGCUUCCAGAAGCUCUUUCAGAUGUUUUGAAGAAGAAAUGCGAGGGACAAGCUCUGCAGAAGAAUCCGGAGCUUGAAACAAGAUGGAGGUUGCUCCGUGGGAAAAAGGCCACAGAAGACACCAGGGUGUGGCUUUCGGGAGCUGUCACUAUUUUUCAUGACCGCUUUGAUCCUAUUGCUGAUGCCAGUACUGGCCGUCUUGACCUUAUCCCACAUAUGGUUUAUGGGAGGCACUUCAAAGACCAGGAUUUUUGUGGCAUGUAUUGUGCUGUAUUGAUGGUCAACUCGGUGGUGGUAUCUGCUGGAAUUUUUCGGAUUUUUGGAGAGGAAGUUGCAGAGCUACCCCUAGUCGCGACAAGGAGCGAGUGUCAGGGAAAGGGAUACUUUCAAACACUUUUCUACUGUAUUGAGGGUCUUUUAGCAUCCCUCAAUGUGAAAGAUCUGAUACUUCCUGCUGCUGAUGAAGCAGAAUCAUUGUGGAAAAACAGAUUUGGGUUUGAAAAACUCGGCCAAGAACAGUUGGAUCGAUAUAAAAAGAGCUAUCAAAUGAUGAUAUUUCAAGGAACUAACGUUCUACAUAAAUCGAUCGCCAAGGCCUGAGACCUUAACCCCUUCUUUAGUGCUGGUGGGCUGCUGUAUGUACAAUAUGAAAAGUGGUUCUCCCUUCUCUGCCAAAGCUUGUUACAAUUUUUUGUAGUUGGAUUUGUUCGUCGCGUAGAAUGUGAAAUGUGGAGGAUAGGAGGUAUACAUCCAGGCUUGCAGGUCCAACGUUUAGUGUAGGAUGAUUCAAAAUGUUGAGAGUACCAAGAAAUAUAUAUAUAGAGAGAGAGAUACUGCAAAAACUAACAUUAACUGGACCUGUCGUCUGGAGAAUCCCUUUUUGGUUUUUCUAAGCUAGAAUUAUAGUUGUUUAGGUGUUAGCUUAGGUUUUAUGUUUAAAGUGUUGUAUUUUUGCUGUUCAUAUCUUGGUAUCACAAUGUAUUUUUGUCCAACUCUUUACAAGGCGGCUGGAUAUUUAUUGACCAUUUGAGAAGCUAAUUUAAUUGUGGAAGAAAAA